AUGACGUUCGUGGUCGUUAUCCAAAGGUGGAGGCCCACAAACGGCGUUGCCCCAAACGGGAUUCCUGGGACAUCCAGUGAUAAUCAAAGAGGUCGAGCUGUGGUCCGGUCGUCAACAAUAGAAACAAGGCUGGCUGCUGGCUUUGGCGGUGAGGGGUCUGGAGAGAGGUCCGAUCACGACGAAGGCUCCGUCUCGAAUUGUGCACGUAUGUCCAAGAGCACCUGUGGCUGCUUACAUAAGCUUAUGUGUCCUUGUUUCUGUGUGCACCUGCGCCUGUGCUUAGACUCAUGUGUCUCCAUCAAGUGUUCACCAGGGUAUCAGGACAACUGCCCCCUGGACACAACCCCCCACUUGACAAUUGUCCCCGACAACUGCCCCCUGGACAACUGCCCCCCAAAGGACAACUGCCCCCCAAAGGACAACUGCCCACUUGACAAUGCAACCCAUUUGGUGGAGGUAGUGGAGGGGGACGAGCAGGAGUAUCGCCUCACCCGCUACCUGAUGGCUAACUACGACUCCUCCGUCAGACCAGCCUCUAAUUCCUCCCAGGCGCUCUCCGUCGUCUUCGGUGUCUCCCUACACAGCAUCAUCGACGUGGACGAGAAGAACCAAAUCCUGACGACCAACUGCUGGCUGACGCAGAUCUGGACGGAUGCUCACCUCACCUGGAAUGCCUCAGACUUCGGCGGCAUUCAGGUCAUCAGAGUACCUUACCAGAGAGUGUGGAAACCAGAUAUCAUACUCUACAACAAUGCUGACGCCCAGUACUCGGCGGCCACGAUUAACACCAAUGUCAUAGUGACGUCAGCAGGGCAGGUGACGUGGUUGUCUCAUGGCAUCUAUCGUUCUUCCUGUGACAUGAACGUCGAGUAUUUCCCCUUCGACAUCCAGUCCUGCAAGAUGAUGUGGGCGUCAUGGACCUACGACGGCUACCAGCUGGACCUGAUGAAGCAGAUGGACACGGGUGACAUGUCCAACUAUCAGUCCAACGGGGAGUUUGACCUUGUGGAGUUCACGGCGUCUAAGAACAUCACUUUCUACUCGUGUUGUCCUGAGCCUUACCCGGACAUUACUUUCACCAUCAAGCUCCGGCGUCGACCUAUGUUCUAUGUCUUCAACCUCAUCCUCCCCUGUGUCCUCAUUAACGGCAUAGGUUCUGAUGUGUGA